AAGUGGAAACAUAUUCUGCAGAUAUGGUGGAAACAACGAAAAAAGCCGGCGCAACAAAGAAGCAGGAGGACCGUCACGCCCCACAGGUUGAACAGGUAGAUCAGGCUGACAUCACCAUCCAGGAAAGAGAAUGAACCUGCGGAACGACGGACGGAUAUCUGCGGAGUAAUCACCUGCGCUCUGUACCUUUUACCCCCAAACACCCUCCGAGAUGAAGGUCGUCGUCGUUUUAGCUCUUAUCAGCGUGGCCGUGAUGGGAGCCAUGAUCUUCCAGACCCUGCGCCAGGAGAUGAACCUGCGCAACAUGAGGAACCAGAUGGUGGAGAGCUCGGUCGAAAUUAAGAGAAAGGAAGCCUCCAUCGUGGAAAUGAAAACCAAAAUCCACGAGAUCAGGUCAACGCUGGAGAAGGUCAACAGUAAAGUGGAGGAGCUGAGGAAGAAGAAGGCAGAGGGGGAGAAGUUAUUACAAGAAGCUGAGAAAAUUCUGGAGACCUGCAAUGGCGAAAAGGUCAAAACCGACAAAAAGAAGGCAGAGCUGGAAGAAAACUUAGCUCAACUCAAAACUGACCAUGAAGAGGCUAAAAACAAAGCCCAAGAAGAAAUUCGGUCUUUAAAGGAGCAGGUUUUAAGCAGAGACAAAGCUCUAUGUGCUUAUGCAGAUAUGACCAAGGAAGAAGCACGGAAGCUGUGUGGAGUUUUUGAAGAACCCAAAUGAAGUCAACCUAGUCAACUUGGACAGUUAUCAAAUAAACCAGCUUUGAACAUACUGUUGAAAUUCACUGAUGGCAUAGAGAUCCUACCUAUUUUCUUAAGUGAUGAGGACUGGGUUGAUCAACAUCACGUUCAUGGAUCAAUUAGAGAGACUUCUGAGAUUGGGACAUGGCUGUUUGUAUUAUUUUCAAAGGUGACCUUUUUGGUUUUGUAGGACUUAUUUUGUUAAAUAAUUUUGUAAUUCUUUGCAUCCGUGACCCUGGCUGUCAUGCACAGUUCACAAUGUCUAUGUGAGCUAUAUAGGGUUCAUGUUUAGCAUAGUUUGGAUGCCCUUGUGUGGAUCACUAUAGGAUAUGCAGAAUGUCUCCUGUGAAAACCAGCUUAACCUUGAUCUUUUGUAUGUUUUAUUUUAUGGAAAUAAAGCAUCAUUUUAGAUGCUAAAAACAUCAAAUGAAUGCAUUGAGAGUGAUAAAUAAAAACAGACAUUUUUCUUUGUGGCUUUUAUGUAAUACCAGUUUCUGACUGUUAUGGUUUCUGAUAUUGUUUCAUGAAAAAAAAAAAAACAUGUUAAAAAGGUGUAUCUGCUAGUUUGUCCUUUUUCUGUUUGUCAUACCUAAAAACUUUGUAAAGGUAAUUAUGUUUUCUUCUCGUUACUGGGUUUUCAUUGCACUUAAACUCACCUGUGCAGACUGACAGUUUUUCAGAAAUAAAAUAAACAAACAAACCCA